ACGACAGCCGAAGCAGAAGCCGAAGCAGAAGCAGAAGCCCGGCAACUUUAGCGCACAGAAUCAUUCUGUAAAGCGCGCGCGAACCCUUCGCACCAGCAGACCGCAGAUACAAAGAUACAAAUAUUCGCAAAACACUGAAAAUUCGCAAGACCGAAUAUCGCAAAAAGUAACUCCAAAGCUGGCUAACCGAGUGAAAAAGCAAACAGCCCGGGCAGCCGAAAAGUGCAAGUGAAGUGCGUAGAGUGCGGAGAGUGUGGAGAGUGGAGUUCUGAGUUCUGAGUUUUACCACUGCCAACUUACCGGAGAUAUAAAAUAAAAACAAAUUAGGAACGACGGAGGCCUAGUGGCCCAAAUUCAGAACGACAAAUUCAGAAAGCGAAGAAGAUCAAGCGAAAAUUUGAAUAAUUAAAAAUAAACACGCGCCGUGCGAGAGAGAGUGUGAGUGUGCGUGCCGCGUAUCCGUCAGAUACGCAAAGCAAAGCGUAAGCAAAGGCAAAACGCUGACGUAUUUUCACCCGAAUACCGUUAUAUAGCCGGCCGGCUUUUUGUGCCCAAUUAACGCACAUUCAACAAAUUGCCCAGACGCGAAAAACAAAUUGUAACAUUCGGUAUCGGAAUAUCGAAUUAAAGCCCAGUUUAUCACCCGUAAUAAAUUGUAGCGCAAAAAAAUAAAACGAAAAAAAGAAACAACAUAAAACCGAAAAGGAAAACCAAAACCCCAAUAAUAUACUUACCUUUUGUCUCAUUUAAUUUCGCUGCGGUUCGUUCUGGUGCAGUGUAAUAGAGAAAAGUUUAUAAAUAAAUAUACAAUAUACAAAUAACUGAAUGCAGAUGUUUGGCAUAAUAAGUGUCACAAUCAAUUGCUGAGCGACGAGAUCUUGAAAAAUACGCUAAAAGGAACCCAUUGAGCUGAAGAAGCGACUGGAGGAAGUGCGUCUGCUGGAAUCGCGACGCUCCGCCCGUCUGGCAGACCAGGAUCGCGACACGGACUUUGCCAGACUCGCCGACAUGAGUGGCGAACGCCGCAGAACCACCACACACAGUAUUGAGGUGCCAUCGCAGCUGACGGCGCAGCACAAUUCCCGGAAACGUCCGCCCAGCGAUCACCAGGACUACAACAACUAUGAGGAAACAUGCCGUGCCGCCGAGAUUCUGUCAUCGAUGAAGCUGCAGAGUCCGCAUGGCUCAUUGGCCGACAAGUGCUCGAGUCCCGGCAGCAGCUCGUCGGCUUCCUGGAGCUCCGGUUCCGCAUCGCCGCCUCUGAGUGACGACGGCCACGCCCACCCCAGCCCACACAACAUCAUGUCGCCCCACGAUGCGGCCAACGCACGCAUACGCACAACAUCCGUGUCCACGUCGGACGAGGGCAUUGUCAUCGACUUCAAGGAGGAGCGCAAGAAAAAGUCCAAAAAGUUCCGAUGCGUUUACCGAGGAUGCGUUGGCCUGGUGGCCGAUCACAAUACAGUCAUGCGUCACAUUAGGAAAAAACAUUUGGGAAAGGACGGCCAUCGCUCCGCGGACGAUGACUGGGGAAACGAGGAGGAGUUCUACUACGAGGAUGCCGACGACGACGAAGAGCAGGUGAAGCCCAGUCUGGCCUCCGAGCCGACGUUGAGUCACCGGGACAUGGCGCGUCCGCCGCACGAGGAUCCCGAGUACCAGAAGCAGAUUGUGGGCAACUUCAAGCAAGGACGCGCCGGUAGCCACUAUAACCACCUGGCGCAGUCGCAUGGACGCACCACCAUCAGUGGCAGCAACAUCCCGAGCACCCACCAGCAGCAGCUGCAGAACAACAACACCAGCUGCAUCCCCACAUCGCACCUGGCCCACCACAACUACACAUGCCCGGCGGCGACGGCGACAGUGGGCAGCUACUCCUCCUCCACGGGGACGGGGACGGGGCCGGUGGUGGCCAGCGCAUCAGCCUCGCCGCUCGGCAAGCACGCGCGCUCGUCGUCCUCCCGUCCGAACCACUCGGUAGCGCCAUAUCCAUCGCCGACGUACGUCCAGCAGCAGCAGCACCACCAACACACGCACCACCACAACUACGCCGGCAGCAGCGGCAGCAGCAACAGCAGCAGCAGCAGCAGCAGUCCAGUGAUCCACAGCAACAACAGUGCCAACAAUAUGCUGCAGCAGCUGUCGCAGCAAAAUGUCACAGUGACGGCGCAUCACAGCCAGCAGCAGCAACUGCAGCAGCAGCAGCAGCAACACCACCAGCAGCAGCAACACAGCCACCAACAGCAGCAGCAACAUCUCCUGUCCAGUGUGACGAUCACGCCCAAUUUCCAUCCGGCGCAGCAGCAGCACCAUCAGCACCAGCCGAUGCGCGGCCACCAGCAGCAACAUCCACAUCCACAGACAACUGCCGGCAACCUGGUUGCCCAAAACAACAGCAACAACCACAGCAACGGAAGCAACGGCAGCAAUCCGCUGCAGCAGCAACAGCACAUGGCGCAACAGGUGGCCGUCAAGCAUACGCCCCAUUCGCCUGGCAAGAGGACGCGCGGCGAGAACAAAAAGUGCCGCAAGGUGUACGGCAUGGAGAAGCGCGACCAGUGGUGCACCCAGUGCCGGUGGAAGAAGGCGUGCAGCCGCUUCGGCGACUGAAAGCGACAGAAGUCGUCGACGGAGGCGGCAAACCAGGCGUCGGCGCACCAGUCCAAGGCAGCAACAGCAACAGCAGCAGCAUCAGCAUCAGCAACACCCAACCCAGCAGCAAUAUCAGCAACUCCCAGUCCGGCAGCAACAUCGUCCUCGAAAAUGACCACCACAGUGGUGCGAUUGGCGGCCGAGGUGGCUGCCGGCAAGCAGCUACCCUCGUCGCUGACCAUCAAAACCAACAAGCGUUACGGUGGACAGGUGCAGCAGCAGCAGCAGCAACAACCGCAUCCCUAUGCGGUGACCGCCAACAGCAACACAAUCAGCAAUCGGCCGGUGCGUAUACGCAGUGUGGCCACCUCGGUGAUUGUGGCGCCCAUUGCCUGCGCAGCCACAACGACGACCACCGCGCCCACCCUCAUGGAGGAUGCUGACGAGGAGCUGGAGCUGGAUGAGAUGGAGCAGGAGGAGCAGCAGGAGGAUCAGGAGGCGCUCGAGGAUCAGGAGGAGGCGCAGGUGGCUGCUGCCAACGGCCUGCUGGCCUGGAGCCGAGCAGCCGCCAAUCAGCAGCAGGCGCAGGCCGUGCUGAUGCAGGGCUAAGUCCACCUGAACCGCCACCGAGCACCGCCACUUGCUGACUCCUGGAUGGAUGAGAUGGAUGAGAACGGAUGGCUGUCAGUGGCAGCUGUUGCCCCGACGACACAAAUCGCAAAUGAAUGCAAAUGCAAAUGAAAAAUGGUCUCUUCUUAUUUACUCUGCAUUGAAUUGUGCACCUUAAACACGUAACGGUAUCUCUUUUGUUGUUGUGCAGGUGUUUGCCAACUGCCGUGCAAAUGUUGCUGACAUUUGCGGCCGGGCAACAUUUGCAAUCUACAAUAAUCUAAUUAUUAUUAUUAUAAUUAUUAUUAUUACUAUUAUUGCAGUGCGUAAAUAUACAUAUACAUAUAUACAUACAUAUACAUAUUUAUUUCUAAAAUGACUUUGUUAAUUCUUAUGUUAAAAAGCUGAAAAGCAGUUGGCAGAUUUUUAUACACACAAAAGGCGAAAGCAGCAAACAGCUAAAAUACGUACGUUUGCCAGCUGUUUUACAUAAAACAUAACAAAAAAAUGCAAAAGAAAAAACAGCAAAAAACAAUUCAAGCAUAAACCAACAACAACAACAACACAUGAAAACCAACAAUAUUUAAAGCAAAUAUACAUUUGAUUUUUUUUAAUUGUAAGAACUCUAGUAAAUUUUUUUAUAGUAUUAAGUGCAAUUUCUGUUCUACUUCUCGCUCUAAACAAAGAAAACAAAACGAAAUGAAAUGAAAUGUAAGAAAACGAAUCAAACCAACUCAAACAAACAAACAAAUCAAAAUGAGGAGGUGGUGCAGAAAUCCCUUUGCUCGGAAUUUACGUUGAUGUACGCAAGAAUUCGUCACGAAGUGAUUUCUGUGCCGCCUCCGCUUGAAAGCAGAAUAUUCAAACGAAAACCUAAAAAUAUGCAUAUUAAAUAUUCAAGGCGUUGCAUCUACACAUUAAAUAGGCAUAAACGAAAAAUAGUUAAAUUACUUGCAUAAUCACAUGUAACUCAAAUCCAAGAGCCGUUUAAACAAUUUGUAAGUGUGUGUGUUAAGCGCUAAGAGUUAAGUAUUAAUCGACUUCAUGCAUACGAGCGGCAAUAGAUGGACACACAGCUAAAUAAUCUAGUUAAUUAAGCACCCAGCCACCACAAACCCACCCACAACCAAGUACCCAAAAGCCCAAACUCUCAAACAUCUAUAGAACAAUUACCCUUCAACCCCAAAUCCCGAGUCCAAAAACCACGCUAAUGUAACAUAUAGACAUACGAGCAACUUAAACUUAAACGUAGUGAAUUUUUAAAACAAACAAAACCAAGCAAACAAACAAACAGACAGGCCGACAGACAAACAGAUGGAUUGUGAGGUAGAUCUUAUAUCCUUAUCCUUAUCGAGAAAAGGGAAUCGUCGAAAUUUCAAUUGGAGCCAGAAGGAAAACACUUUCAAACAUGUUCAAAUUUUUAAUAAAUUGUUAAGUUGAUAUUUUCUAAAAACACACAAAAACGAAAAAUGAGCUAAAUUUGUCUAUUAAUUAAUUUGUAAUGAACUUAUGACUAAAAGCUAAGAUUUAAAACAACAAAAAAAAAAACAAAAACUUUUUGCGUUGUGCAACUGUUGUGAAUUGUUCAAAUUACGGUAUACACAUACAAACAAUGACGUCACAAAGGACCCAGCGAGGUUUGCGAGGAUAUAAGCAGAUGUAGCCCAUCUAGGGAUAGCUACGAAUUGAGAUUGAAGAGCAGGAGAAUUUACGGAUGAAGAAAUGAAAAUACACAAGGAAUUCUUAACCAAAUUGGAAGUACAAACUAAAGUCUAGAAUAUGUAAAUAUAGAACCCCCAUACACACACUUAACGAACGGAAGUAAAAGGGAAUACGAAGCGGAAGUGCAAUGGGAUAACGAGCCCAAGAGGAAACCGAGUCGCGAUCGGAAAAAGUAAUGUUGAUGGGCGAAGAGGAGAGGAUAGGAGAGGAGGGAAAAUUGAGCUUAGGCGGCAGCAGCUUUAAAAAUGUUUGAAAAUGAAAAUGGAAAGUUAGGGAGAGCGGGAAAGUUGAAAGAAACCGCGAAAGCGGAAGCGAAGGCAUGCAGAAACCGUAAGGAGAAAGUAAAACACGCAAGCGAAAAUUUCAUUGAAAUUGUUUGCCGUGAUUUGAAUGAAAUUCAUAAUGGUGGCCAUUUUUGUGUAAUGCGAAAAAGUUUAACAACAUUUUGUACACUUGUAUUUCGUUUUUAUUAACUAUAAGUUUAACCAAAACAACAAAAACAACAACAAGAACGAUUGUAAGCAAACGGAGUAAAAUGCAACUGAAAACGGAGAAAAUGCAAUACAUUUUACUUAUUUUUGUCUGUCGCCCCAGAACGGCGUCUUCUAUUCUUUAUUACGAAUUAUGAUUACGAGUAUGAUUAUUGUCAUCAUUAUUAUUGUUUUUCUUGCUAAUUUUCGUGCACCAUACACAAACACCCCACACACAAGCGUAGUUAAGUGCGCACACUCGAUCUAUUUCGUUGCGUUCUGGAAAUUAUUUAAACUUAAGUGAUAUUUUUAAACAAACAAACAAAAAACAAAGAAGAAAGAAGAAAGAGGAAGAAAACUAUCCAUUAUUAUAUAAUUAUCGCUAAUAUUUCUUACUAUUUUAUGUGUACGAUUACCACGAUUAUCACGAAAAGAGCAAGAAAUACAAGGCAGGCUAAGUCCCGCGAUCCGGGAUGUCCUCAAAAUCCCGAUCGGAGAUUAGAACUGACCUACCUGAAAAACAAACGGAAUGUGACAACGGAUGAAGAAAACCGGAAAUGCUUAACGAAGAUAAGCGGGGAAGAAUUAUGGAGGGAAAUAUCAGAAAUAUCAGUAAAGGUCAAAGCUCUAAUCCAUCGAACAUGAAUGCUAGAUUCAUACAAUAGCGAGAAAUAAUAUUUCUUUUUGAUUUUUUUCUUGAAAAGAAUACAACACAACAACAACAACAACAAGAACA